AGGCUCAGAAGAAAGAGCAAGAAGACGAGUCGCUGCUGUAUUGUUCAGUGUGCCGAAAGAAGCUGAAGUCAAAAAACGCUUUGGCAGAUCAUGUUGCCAGCAAAAAGCACAAAGAGAUGGAAGAGAGGGAGCCGAAAGGACCACGGCAGCCAAGAAAGAAGACGAUCGAGCAGCUUACAUCAUUUACGAAGGAAGAGAAUGAUGUAGACAUGGACGCCGUAGAGGAUGAAGAAGACGAUGACAGCAGUUCUGGAUGGGUGACGGAUAACGGAGAGGACGAUGAAGAUCUUGAAUUUGACGAAAGCGAGGAAGCCCUUGAACAUAUGCGCUUUCACCAUGGUUUCGUUUUACCAGAUAGGAAAUAUCUUGUUGACGAAGAUGGAAUGUUGAAGUAUCUAGGGCUCAAAGUAGGGGCAGGAAGAUGUUGUAUAUUUUGUCCGGAUGUUAGAAGCCGAUUUGCUACAACCGCUGCUUGUCAGACGCACAUGCGCGAUAAACAACAUUGUAAGGUGAAUCGUGAACCGGAAGGGAUGCUGGAAUUUGCUGAGUAUUACGACUACAGGUACUCUACAUUUCUACACUUUCAUAUUUCAUACUGUGCAAAGAUUGGACAUCGCUCGCUGAUGUUGUACUACCGGCAAUAUCUGCGUCCUACUGAUGGAAAUAAACAAGACGUUGGAAAAGCUGCCCUAGAGAAAGCACGCGGGCUAUAUCCUGCAUUAGCUUGGACUGGCACAACUGGAGUUGUCGCCAAACAAUCUGCUAAGGACAUCAAGUUUAUGGAGCGUUAUAGAAGACGUUUUGAUUUGCGAGUAGGUCUGAAGUCGAACAAGCUCUUCAAAUCUCGUGGACGAAUG